UACUAUAUAACAAAUAAUUUGAGGAUGUAUCUCUACCAACUAGCCAACAACUUAGGGCAGAUCCCACCAUGCCACGCCUCCAAACUGGGGCACCAAAACGACAGUGGUCCGUACUGGUGUGUGCUCGCUAACACUCCCCACGGUCCCAUACCGGGCAAGGGUCGACAAGGAAGAGCUUGGUAUCCGUACGGUGGGAAGGAGCAUGAGACCUCUAGCUUCUCUUAUAUCCACAUGAUGCCUGGAUGUACUCUUUCUCUUCAUAGGAACAGCGGACCCCACGCCCCUCACGGUGCUCUUGAUCUAGGAAGAAUGCAGGACGGCUCUGUGUACUUUGUUGUGGUGUGCCACACUCCACACGGACAAAUUCCCGGAAAAGCUAAACUGCACACCCCAACUGGUCCUAAAGGCUGGUACUCGUUCGGAGGUAAAGAGCACGAGAUCAGGGACUUCUCCUACGUCGUGGCUCACUCUCCUCCUCACCAGGGAGGCGGUUACUCUCCAGGACACCCUCUCUCUCCUGGAGCUACAGUCAGACUAACCUCCAAAGCUCACGGGAAAAAUCUGAGGAUCAACCAGAACGGAGUUAUUGACGGUAGAGGAGGUAACGGACCAUGGGCUACCUUCACAGUCCACAGUCGGGGACCUUACAUUGCACUGUCUCUAGCCGCUCAUCCUAAAAGGUUCCUGGCCAUCAAGAACAACAUGCUCACUGAGGGUACUGGUGGCAAGUUCUGUACGCUGAUUGCCAAGCACCAUCCUGGAGAUGGAACUGUAACUCUUGAGUCUGCCGAGCACCGCACCCAACAUGUAGGAAUACUUCCCAGUGGGGACAUUAAAGGACCACACCAGACAGGACAAGGGGAUCAUGGCAAAUUCUACGUCAACUAGUCAGACGGAGAUCAUGUUCGAGAUUCAUCGCUUUCUGGAUUACCAUUAAUGACCAGUAGUCAGCGCACCCUUGAUUUCUGUUUUCAAAUGAUAUCUGUUAAUAGUAAUACUCUUAGUCUUACUCUUUUCAAUUUUAUUGUUUUAGCUAAUUAUUUUUUCCAACGAAUUAUAUUUUAUGACUCGUAUUUUUAAUUGCAAUUAAUGUUCAUGUGAAUUAUUAGCUGUUUUGAGAAUCAAAAAUAUUUUAAGCAUUAGGGCAUGACACCUCACACCAGUAGCGUUUGUUAUUUUUAUCCACAGAAACGUAAAUGAAUUCGAUUUUCAUAUAAUUUAAUUAUCAUUAUAUCAACCAGUAUGUUUUUGUUUUUGCUUUUAAAGGAUCCGUUUUUCUACA